GGUCGGAGCUGCUGUCAUGGCGCUCGCUUCGCUGCAGCCCCUGGAGGCGCUGAAAUACGCCGAGCUCCAGCGCAUCGCCAAGGCCGCCGGGCUGAGGGCCAACCUGCGGGCAGACAAAUUACUGGAAUCAUUGAAGCAACACUUUGAAAGGACAAAAGAAGAAAGUGAAAAAAUGGGUCCUGUAAAGAGUGCAUCUUCUUCCAUUAAGUCAGAUGAACUAAGCAAUCAGGAGGAAAUUAUGUCUGAUUCAGUGUGUUUUAUUACAAAAAGACGUGGUAAGGACAAAAAAAAGAGGACCUCUCAUGAGGAAACUAAUAGCAGUGAAGAAAACCCAGUGCUUUCUGAUGAGAAACAGAUGCAUUCUGAAACUAAAGAAAAUGAAGUGCCUCAGGGUGAGCACAAAAAGGGACAAAAGGUAUCACAAAACAAAAUCCAAAUAACUGAAGAGAGAGCUAUUGAGAAUCCAGGGAUGGAUGCUGGACAGAAGAAACAAACGGAGAAGACUUCUACUAAAGGCAGGGGAGAACAACGUAAUGCUCAUCCUGCAGGAGGGAAGAUCCCUUUACAUGUAGGCCGUGCAUCUAGGUCUGCAAAAGCAGCAGUGGCAGCUACCACACCAAACUUUAAAAAGUUGCACGAGGCUCAAUUCAAGAAAAUGGAAUCUAUUGCUGACUACAUUGAGAGGAAAAAAAAACUGAAUGAAAGUUGCAGUGCAGUCAAGAAACGAGCCAGUGGCAAAAGAUUUUUAUUCAGCCCAAAUCCAGAAAGAGGCAGAUUCUCCACCACCAGUACUCCUAGUAACCUCCGGCGCUCACCACGCAAUUCUCUGAACGCUGCUAAUCGGAGCAUUUUAUCCCAGAAAUCUUCAUUUCAUCCUUCUGUACUUUCAACAUCCAAAAUGAAUGUCAGGUUCUCAGAAGCCACAAAAGAUAAUGAGCACAAACGCUCUCUUACCAAGACUCCAUCUAGAAUGUCUCCAUACAUGGAGGAGAUCUGCACACCUGACACUCAAAAGAGCUGCAAACUAAUAAGUCAGAAGAAUAGUAAGGAAAAUGCAAGAAAUAAUGAUCUGACUGCAUCAAAGGUUCUUACCCCCUUCAAGUUUGGAGCUCAACCCGCAGAACCCACAAGUGCAAAGAAGACAUUUGAUCUCAAAGCAAGUCUCUCUCGGCCACUUCGGUAUCAGCCACACAAAGGACGACUAAAACCAUGGGGAGAAUUUAAAGAAAAUGCUGUUCUCAGUAGGUCUGGUGGUAUCUGUUCACAUAGGAAAGAUUACAAACAGCCACAUCUUCAGACAAGGGAAGAAAGGCGCGACACGCUUGAGCAAGACAGAAAAAAGAAAAAGGCUUAUGCUCUUGGAAAACGUAGAGGCCUAUCUGGAUGUUAGGACUAACAAGAAGUACCUAAGACAUCACUGUAAAUACUGUUCCUCUCUCUUGUAAAGGCUUGUGCUCUAUGU